AGUGACGCAUAGACGGGAACAGCAGAGAAAAAGGCAUCUUCUGUUUCUUUCUUGGCAAAAGUCUCCAAACAAAAGCUUCUGAAAGACUGAAAGUGACUCUGCAGCUCUGCAGCGGUGAGCACCGCGCUGCUGUCUUGUCAUAAUUGCAGGCACACCCAACAACAUCAACACACCUUCCAACAUCAGCGCUCCCAGCUGCUGCCUUUGACUGUGCUACGCACCUCCCCCUCUCUCCUUCCUUCUCUCCUCUCUUCAUUGUCAUUACAUUAUUAGUGGUUUACAAGAUGCCGAUUCCGAAGCAGCUGGUGGAUGUGAGCCGCAGUUCAAACGGGAACGACUUUGUGUACGAUGCCAAACGCGAGAAUUCCAUGAUUGAAGACGGUUCGGACAACUUUGACGAUGAGUCUUCGUACUCGAGUUCGGCGCACAGUACGUCUACGGACGAUUUCCCCACGCAGCAUGCGGGGUUGAAUGGCAAAGAAGAUGCGUUUGCCGACAAUUUGGCCAAGAAAUUGACGCGUGACGUCAAAGUCUGGCGCUCCAUUGUGAGCUUUAUGCUCUUGUUGACGGCCAUUCUCGUCACGGUCUCCACCUACAUCUUCUUGACGGCCGAGGAGACGAGAGACUUUCAGGAUGCGUUCACUGGCUUUGCCAAUCGCUUGGGAGACAUUGCCCAUUCUCGCACAUAUGCGCUGAGCUUUGCUCUGGCAUCCCGUGCCGAAUCGUUGACGGCCAUGGUCGAAGAAUCGACCUCUCAAGCGUGGCCCUUUGUCACCGUCUCGCACUUUGAAGUCCGAGGAGAAAAUACGCGCUUGGAAACACGCACCGAAAUUUUUGCCUUUGCACCCCUCGUCGAAAAUGAAACUGCCAAGACCCUGUGGAACAAUUAUUCCGUCUCCAAUCAGGACUGGUUGUUGGACAGCUACGAACGCGCCACUAUUGCUCAUCCCGGUGCCUACAAAUUCGAAGAAUCCAGUACCGCGCAAAUUGAACCGGAGGUCUACCGCGUCGAAGGCAAUUGGCAAUUUUGGCCCGAAAAGCCCAAUUCCAGUCCCGCUCCUUGGUUGCCCCUCUGGCAAAUCAGUCCUCCUCCUCCCGAUCCUUAUCCCAUCAACUUUAACAUGCUCUCCAGUCCCGAUGUCAAUCGCUUGGUCGAGUACGUCCAAGUCAACAAGGUUCCGGUGAUGUCCGAUAAAUUGGUCCGUCAUCCCAUGUUUUCCAAUCUCGUCGAACAGUACGCCGAUAUCACUCCCGCGUUCAAUGAAACCUACCCGUUGACGGCCGUCGAUACCGAAGGAGAAGGCGACUCCGACUCUAGUGACGGUGGUGGUGGCCGCCGCGAACUCCUUUCGGGAAGCUACAAUAAAAGUCACGUCAAUGAAGAAGGAUACAUCUUUGUCCUCUACCCGGUCUACGACACGUUUGACGAAGAACGCGAUCGCAACCUCAAGGGAAUUUUCUUGAGUUUGCUGCGUUGGGAUUGGAUGUUGAGUGAUGCCAUUCACGAAGGCACGGAUGAAAUGAUUGCCGUCAUGAACAACAAUUGCGGAGAAGCCGUAUACUCGUACAGCAUUAAGGGAACCACUGCCACCUACCUCGGUGUCGGCGAUCAACACGACCAGCGAUACAAUGACAAGGUUGUCACGACACCACUCAAUGCCAUUCACGGCGUCUCGGAGGGGGGAGUCAAGUGCGACUUUUCGAUUGAUGUCUACCCGACCGUCGAAAUGCGCGAAGCCUACACCAGUUCUCAAGCCGUGGUCUUUACCACGAUUUUGGGGUUGGCAUUUGCCACCACGGCCCUCUUCUUUUUGUUUUACGUCCGCAUCGUCCAACGUCGUCAAACCAAGGUCAUGGCCACAGCGGCACGUACCAACGCCAUUGUCACCAGUCUCUUUCCCAGUAAUGUCCGUGAUCGAAUCAUGAAAGAUGCCGAAGAUGCCGUCAACAACAACAAGGAAAUUGUCCCAUUUUUGCCGGGCAUGGGAGAAGCGCCCAAAAAGAAACUCAAAACAUUUCUGGACGAAGAAAAUCCGGGAACGGAAGAUCAGUUGGUCAUGUUCAAGACCAAGCCCAUUGCCGAUUUGUUUCCCGAAACGACUGUCAUGUUUGCCGAUUUGGUGGGAUUUACUGCCUGGUCUUCUGUUCGUGAACCCACGCAAGUGUUCCAGUUGCUCGAGACGAUCUACCACAGCUUUGAUGAAAUUGCUCGUCGCAGACGCGUGUUCAAGGUCGAAACAGUCGGGGAUUGUUACGUGGCGGUUGUAGGUCUCCCCGAUCCCAGAAAGGAUCACGCAGUCAUUAUGGCCCGUUUCGCGAGAGACUGUAUGCAGACCGUCAGCGAUCUCACCAAGAAGCUGGAAGUUACGCUCGGUCCUGAUACCGGAGAUUUGCAGAUCCGAAUUGGGCUUCACAGUGGCCCCGUGACGGCCGGUGUCUUGCGAGGCGAGAAAUCGAGAUUCCAGCUGUUUGGAGAUACGGUGAACACGGCAGCUCGUAUGGAGAGUACCGGCCAGCCCUCCAAGAUCCAACUGUCGAAAGAAACUGCCGAUCUUCUCUUGGCCGCUGGAAAAUCCAACUGGAUGCGCGAGCGAGAAGAAAAAGUCCGCGCGAAAGGUAAAGGGGAGUUGCAAACAUAUUGGCUGGAAGUCCGCCAUGAAGGAGCGGCAUCCGUGACCAGCGGAAGCAGCAAUAGUGACUUUAUUGACGAAGAGCUCAAGAUGCCUCAGCCUGCCGCCAAGCCCAUGAAGGACUCUGGCCCCACGGCGAGACCUCUGGACGCCAAGGCCAAGCGUUUGGUCGAUUGGAACUGUGAUCAGAUGAUUCGUCUAUUGAAGUUGAUUGUGGCACGUCGCAAUGCCCAAGCACGUCGUAGCAGCCAAAUCCAGGCCAGCACGAACGAGGAAUUCCUCAACGCCAACUUGCGCAAGGUGGGAACGGUCCUGGAAGAAGUACGCGAGAUCAUCACGUUGCCCAAAUUCGAUCCCAAGGUCUACCGCAACCACGACGACCCUGAUUCUGUGCAACUCAACGAAGAUGUGCUGCAGCAGCUGCAUGAUUACGUCUCGACGAUUGCAACUCUAUAUCGCGACAAUCCCUUUCAUAAUUUCGAGCACGCCAGUCACGUCACCAUGUCCGUCAGUAAGCUGCUUUCGCGUAUCGUCAGUCCGCAGGACAUCAACCGCAACCACAAUGAAAAUUCGGAGCAAAAGAUUGAAGAUUACGCUUGGGAGGUUCACAAGAGCACUUACGGAAUCACAAGUGAUCCGCUCACCCAAUUCGCUGUCGUUUUCUCGGCUCUCAUUCAUGACGUUGACCACACGGGAGUUCCCAAUGCGACGCUUGUGAAAGAGAAUGCCAAAAUUGCGGAACUUUACAAGCAAAAGAGUGUCGCCGAACAGAACUCCGUCGACCUCGCCUGGGACAUGCUCAUGGACACCAAAUACGCUGCUUUGCAAAACGUGUUGUACACCAAUACUUCGGAAUUGGAUCGUUUCCGUCAGUUGGUGGUGAAUAGUGUCAUGGCUACGGACAUUGUUGACAAAGACCUGAAAGCCUUGCGCAAUGCUCGUUGGGACAAAGCAUUCAAGGAUGUGGAGGAAGACGAAGACAAGGACGUGAACAGAAAGGCUACAAUUGUGAUUGAGCAUUUAAUUCAAGCUUCUGAUGUGGCGCAUACUAUGCAACAUUGGCACAUUUUCCGCAAGUGGAACGAACGUCUCUUCCAGGAAAUGCACAAAGCCUACCGUGAAGGGCGGGCGGAGAAGGACCCGUCGGAAUUCUGGUACAAGGGUGAAAUUGGAUUCUUUGACUUUUAUAUCAUCCCCUUGGCAAAGAAACUCAAGGAGUGUGGUGUCUUUGGAGUUUCUAGUGAUGAGUAUCUGAACUACGCAAUGAAGAAUAGAGAGGAAUGGAUUGUGAAGGGAAAUGAAAUUGUGCAGCAAAUGUUGGAGAGAGUGCCCACGAAAGAAUCGUUGGAGGAACAGGCGGAAGAACAAGAAACCGCUCCACUUGGCGGAGGAACUCGAAGGAGGGGAAGCUCAGGCUCCAAGGGUUAGCUCCGAAGCACACACAGGGGAAUGGAGACUUUUAGAUGACAAUGUGAAUAUUGAUUGGACCCCCUAGACAAGAAUGAACACGUGUAUUCGCGAAGCUGUGCCCAGCUCGGCUCCGCUUCUGUGUUUCGACACAUUUUGCACGCCAUUGCAUGUUACAUAUAUAAUUUUAAGAUAUCAGGAGAAGGGAUUGCUUCGC